GGCGAACUCCUUUGAACCAGUCACGCUCGAUCGCGAGGUUCUCUUCCUCUGCUCUGCGAAGAGCUUCUGCAGCCUCGGCUGCUGCCCGUUCCUGUUCUUCCUGACGCCUCUGCGCAUUUUCUGCUGCUUCCUCCGCGGCACGCCUGGCUCUUUCCGCUUCUUCGGCUUGUACACAUGAUAAAGCGACCUCAUGCUGGGCCUGUCUAGCUAUGUCUUCCGCCUUGUUCGCCCUGCGCCUCGCCCCAUCGACUUCCUCCCUACCCGCUCUUUCUGUCGUUCCAUUUACAUCGUCUUCUGGUUUCUUCCACGAGACUAUGCAUGUGAUAGCGACUGCGGUUAGGACGAUUGCUAAAGUAGGUUCCAUGAAGCGAAAACAAACAGAGGGGAACUUGAUGGCGCGAAGGCUGUUUCGCAACUUGACCUCUGUAUGGAUUGCAGUAAUGCGAAUGCAGUGUCCAGGUAAUGGGGACUCCGCAGGGAAGACAAGAGACAACGAUUCAGACACAAGGUGGUAAGCGGGAUGACUAUGAGUCUUAUACUCGCCCAGACACUGGAGGCCAGGCGAACACGAGGCCAGUUAGUACAAAUCCAACCUGACACCGGUAGCUUCCAUGUCAUUAGAAAGCUAUUCGCAUCAGUUAUCACAUUGCUUCUGAUGUGUUACGCCGAGCGCACAU